CCAGCGCCGUCUCAACGCUCAGCGAUGACCUCCUCAAGUAUUACCAGAACGUCACCCGUGCCGUGCUGGGGGACGACCCCCACCUCAUGAAGGUGGCGCUGCAGGACCUGCAGACCAACCCGAAGAUCGCCGCGCUGCUGCCCUAUUUUGUCUAUGUCGUCAGUGGGGUGAAGUCGGUGAGCCACGACCUGGAGCAGCUGCGGCGCCUCCUGCAGGUCGCGCGCUGCCUGGUGCUCAACCCCUUCCUGUGCCUGGGUUCCUAUGGGCGCAGCCUGGUGGCCUCCGUCCUUUACUGCGCCCUCGAGCCCCUGGCUGCCUCCAUCAACCCCAGGAACGACCACUGGACCCUGCGCGACUCCGCCGCCGUCCUGCUGGGCCGCAUCUGUCGGUGG